AUGGGAUUCCCUCCUCCCCCAGCACCUCUCGACUGGAACGACAUUGGCUUCAAGGUGCGCGAUGUCAACGGCCAUGUCGAAUGCCACUACUCACAAUCCGGCAACGGCCAAUGGUCGACCCCGCGCUUCGUGCACUCGCCCUACCUCUCCAUCCACGGGAUGGCCCCAGGCCUAAACUACGGCCAACAAGUCUACGAAGGCCUAAAGGCCUUCCGCCACGCGGAGAAUAGCAAAAUCACCAUAUUCCGACCGGACCGCAACGCAAAGCGCAUGCAGAAAUCCGCCGAGGUCGUCUCGAUCCCGCCCGUCCCGGAGGAUCUCUUCCUCGAUUGCGUGCGAUUGGCCGUCGGUGCGAAUGCCGAGUUUGUUCCUCCGUUUGAAUCCGGUGCUGCGAUGUAUGUUCGGCCGUUGUUGUUCGGAUCGUCUGCGCAGUUGGGAUUGAGUCCGCCGGAUGGAUAUACGUUGGUUGUGUUUGUGAUGCCGACAGGUGUGUAUCAUGGCGCUAGUGCGGUGGACGCGUUGAUUCUGGAGGACUUUGAUCGUUCGGCGCCGUUUGGAACGGGGAAUGCCAAGGUUGGUGGAAACUAUGCGCCCGUCUUGCGACACAGUGAUCGGGCGCGUCAGGAAGGGUUUGGAAUUACCUUGCACUUGGAUAGUGCGACGCGCAGCGAGAUUGACGAGUUUUCUACCUCUGCUUUUAUCGGUGUGAAGCGGGAUGGUGAUAAUAUCACCGUCGUGCUGCCGGACAGUCGCAACGCGAUUGAUUCGGUUACGGCAUCGUCCGUCGCUGAUAUCGCCCGCUAUCUGGGUUACAAGGUUGAGAAACGACGAGUCGGAUAUGAAGAGCUAAGCACAUUCGACGAGGUGGUUGCUGCAGGAACUGCAGCUGCACUUGUCCCCGUUCGAAGUAUCACGAUGCGUUCCAAGGGUGACAAGUUUGAAUAUCGCUGUGGAGACCAGGCCCAGGGUGGUGAGGUCUGUGUCAAGCUUCUACAGACACUUCGUGGAAUUCAAUCUGGAUCAAUUGAGGAUUCAAUGGGCUGGAACUACGAAGUGACGGCUCCUCCCAAGGAAUGGAUCGAAGAGGGUUCUGCAGAGAAGGUCGAUCAGAGUGGAACUACAGUGCCUUGA